AUGGAAAACAGAAAAAGCCAGAGUGUUCACGGAGCAGGGCCGGGUUACCCGGGUCGUAGGUCCAGAGAAGAAAGGCGAUCUCUAUCUGAAAGUCUGUCGGACGGGACCUCCAAAUUCUUCAGCUCAAUGGUGGCCAAAAAGAACGGACUGUUUAAUGACUUGUCCAGCAAAAUCGAGAACACGUUUACUUCCAAACCGGAAGCAACGGCUAACAGUACUGGCGAACCGUCUUCCCCUCCUGCAACAUCUGCUGCUCCCGCUACCCCACCACCAAGACCUCCUCCUCCAAAACGGCUGCCAUCCAUGGGGAGCUCUCGGGAGAAGGAAAACGUCAUGAAGCGAAUGGCCUCCAUGCCUGCCUACAGCCGAACCGACAGCAAACCCGACUGUAUACCCGACUCCAACCGGAACCAGUUCCGCAAUCAGAAAGGAGCUGCUUCGGAAGAGCGGUUUUCUGUGAACGGGAUGAAUGUGAGCUUUGACGAGCCCAUCUACAACAAGCGAGAAUCCGUGCCCACUCAACCAGUCACUGAUAUCCCCGUCUCUGCAGAUGUUUCCAGACAGCCUCAGGGUCUAGACGCCAGAGACUCUGCAGGCUCUGUUUCAGCAACCUCUCUGCCCAGGCCAGCUCCCAGGUUCCAGAAGUCAGGGGGCGAUAUAAUUUCAACAACAGCUCCCUCUGUUGACCUCAGUCAGUCGAUGACUGAGCAGCAGCGUGUGUGCAGUCAGGGCUGCAGUCAACCAAGGGGGGAGUUGAACUCCAGUGAUCGUCAAAUUGAUACCAACAAGAGCACCCACGUUCAGAAAGCCAGACAACAGUCUGUGAACAACAACACAGUAAUACAUGGACGAAACUUCUCAGCUGAUAAUGGUAGAAGCAACACCAGCACGGACAGGAAGCCUGCUACAAACAGUGUCUCUUCAGACAAACAGGAUAACCAUUCGAACAAACAGAAAGCUCCCAAGUUCACCACCACUAAACGCAGGUCCAGCACGGUGGAUGAGAUCCUCUUCGAUGACUAUGUGGAGCCUGGGGUCGAUGAAGUGAUCUCUAAAGACGAGCCUCCCGAGAACCUCAUCUCGUUCGAGCCAGAUUCCGAGCUUGAGCUCAAGAGCAGCAGUUCAGAGUCGUCCCCCGAGGGAAACAGUCGGAUCAUGGGAGGGACAAGUGUCGACUCCUCGGACGUCGAAUUCGGGGGAGCUCAGUUGCAGAGGUCUGCCUCUGUGGGAUCCGAGAAGUCUUGGAGUUCCAACUACAGCGUCGACUCACAGCCCGAUGACGUUACGCUUGAGUGCAUGGAGUUUAUGAAAUCUUUUGUGGACAAGGUAUUUCACAACAGCGAGGAUAUUACACAAACAGAGAAGGCCAAGUUUGGUGAAUUGUGUCAGCAUUUCCCCGGUAGGCUGUGGUUUUCUAGAUAUGUCAACUCUCAGAGAGUGCACAACAAGAAAGUCUCGGAGGCCAUCUUCUUUCGUCUGAUGCAGUAUUUCGCCGUCUGCCUGUUCGAGUGCAACGAGGCCGAGGAUUUCUCACCCGCUAAAACGCUAAUGAAUAUGUGUUUCACCUUCUACCACGAAGCACCCUCGGCCCACGGACACACGGAGAAGGUGUUCCUCUACACGUACAUGCGAGAGCAGCCCAUCUGGCAAUCACUGCGUUUCUGGAACGCCGCCUACUUCGACGCCGUCCAGGGUGAGAGAUCCCGCCGACCCAUGCCUACCAACUGUGACGGCAACGAGACUGUGUCAGACGACAAGCAGUUUCAGGAGAACAUCACAUUUGGCCAACUAGGCACCUUCGCCUGCAACAUGAGAGCUUUUGGCCUCAGCAAAGACCUGUGCUUGGAGUUUAUCAGGAAACAGUCCACCAUUGCCAACCUCAGCAAAGAGCAAGUGAAGAUGCUGCGGGACAACAUUGAGACAGUCAGAGACAACUGA